AAAAAAAGAAAGAAAAAGAAAGAGUCUUUCUUCUUUUGUCCUUUGUCUUCUUCUUCAUCUUCUUCUUCUUCGUUCCUUUUUUGUUUCCUCUCCCGUUAUCUUCGGCGAAUCAUCAUGAAUCUAGGGUUUUGUUUUCUCCCACAACCCUAGAUUUUUCUCUCGUCUUCGAUCGCAUUUUGAUUGACCAUCCCUUCCUACUAUCUCAUUUCUUUCUUUUCGCGUUCAGCUCAUCAUCCCGAUUUCAAAAUGGAGGGAGCGGGAGCGGGAGAUACGACGACGGCGUCGUCUGAGGGGCAUUUGACUUCGGCAGCUGCUUUUGUUGAAGGUGGAAUUCAAGACGCUUGUGAUGACGCCUGUAGCAUUUGUCUUGAAGCCUUUUGUGAAAGUGAUCCAUCUACUUUGACUAGUUGCAAGCAUGAGUAUCAUCUUCAAUGCAUUCUUGAGUGGUGUCAAAGGAGUUCACAGUGUCCAAUGUGUUGGCAAUCAAUUAGUCUCAAAGACCCCACAAGUCAGGAGUUGCUUGAGGCAGUUGUACAGGAGAGGAAUUUCCGCUUCACUCCAUCUAGAAAUGCCACCAUAUUUCGUCAUCCAACUCUUGGUGAUUUUGAAUUACAACAUCUUCCAGUGGGGGUGGAUAAUGCAGAGAUUGAAGAGCGAAUCAUUCAGCACUUGGCUGCUGCUGCUGCUAUGGGAAGAGUGAGACAUGGGGCAAGAAGGGAAGGCCACAGAAGCAGGUCUUCAAGUCAAAGCCACCCACAGUUCAUGGUGUUUUCGUCGCAUCCGAAUGCUUCUUCUCCUCCACCUCAUCCCCCCAUGCCAUCUUCUCCAUCUCAGAGAGAUGAGAGUGAAACAGUCACAACCCUUCCUCUGUCUCCUCACAAUGGUUUAGGAGAGGGUUCAAAUCAGUUAAACAUGCAGCCACAAACAUCUUCUCAUCCCCGCCAGGUUUCUCCCUCAGUGUCUGAUUCAAACAGCAGGUCUGCAAAUCAAUCUUCCCCAAGUGAUCAAGAUAGAGCUGGACCAUCGGAACUCCAGUCAUUUUCGGAAUCAUUAAAGUCUCGAUUAAACGCUGUCUCAACAAGAUACAAAGAAUCGAUAUCAAAGAACACAAGGAGCUGGAAAGAUAGAUUUUUUUCUCGUAACACGUCCAUGGCAGAUCUUGGCUCUGAGGUUAAAAGAGAGGUCAGUGCCGGAAUUGCCACUGUGUCCCGUAUGAUGGAACGUCUAGAAACGAGAGAAAACAAUAGACCAAGCACUGCAUCUGUAUCAGAUGUCUCAGAAAAUCACACUCCUGAAUCAAACAAUGAGCAUAAUAGAUCAGAAGCUGGUGAUGAACAUUCUAUAAAUGAAAGAGGGUCUAAAGGUACAUGUGCGACUGGUUCUGGUUCAAGCUAAAUAAGCAAGUGCCAGCAUCUUGUUGGCAAAGAGACAAGGUGAUGUUGUCCAUUGUGAAAUUCUGAUAAUAUAUAUAUACAGAGUCAGAGGUUUCAAAAGUGUGGGAGAAGCAGCAUAGGAAGAAGGUCUAUUGAUAAAGUAAAAGAGUUUUCUGAUUCUCAAUAAAAUGAAAAAGGUUAUUUGUGACCAAAAGGGGGGGCCUUGGGACGCCUUCUCCUGUGUUAUAUGUAUGUUAAACAAAACCAAAAAAAGAAAGAAAAGAGUAAAGACUGUGUGGGUUGGUUAUGUGGUUGGUCUGUUGUAAAUUCACAUUACGGAUUUCUAUCAAUAUUACUUAUGUAUCUCCAAGAAUUUUGGCCAAGCAAACCCACCAAUGUAAUGUAUCUAUACUAAUGUGUUUAUUAUACUACUUAAAAGGUAAGAAAGAAACUAUGGUGCUGCA